AUGGUGGGGGACACGCCAGCCAGCACCCUGGACAGCGUGGCCAGCUCGGUCUUGAGCCAGGUUUAUGUUCCGUUCGACUUUGGGCAGCCGCCUCCCCGGCCCCUCAAAUUCUCUCGUGACUUCAAGAUCUCCAAGCGCCUCUCUGCUUCCCUUCGCCACGAUAAAGGAGAUUUCAACCUGGACUUCAGGAGGAACAUGACGGCACCUUUGAGCCAGCUGUUGGCCCACCGCAUCAUGACGGAAGUGGGGGUCACCCAAGAAGAAAUCAUAGCGGCGGUGUAUCACAAUGAGAAGCAAAGAUUUCGCCUGCUCUGGGAAUGCGGUCCAGAAGGAGUCUAUGAGCUGCUGAUUGGUGCCGUUCAGGGGCACUCGAUGGCAGUCGACAAUGCCUCGGUGCAUCGCAGGGUUGACCCGGCCAAGGUCCCCUAUCUCACCCAUGCGACCCACUAUGAUUUUUACCGCAAUAUCGCCCGAGACGGCCUCAGAGCGGGUGGUGCGGCCGGCAAGGCCCACCGUGCACAGGUGCACUGUCUCCCCGACUGCAAGAACAGCGAGCAGUUCUACCCGGACAAGGCCGACGUGAUCCUUCGCAUCAACCCGGCCCUAGCGAACUGCACAUGGUACAUGUCAGCCAACGGGUAUUACCUGACUGAUGAUACGGUACCCCCGGAGUCAAUUGUGGCGGUCAUCAUUAGAGCCACAGGGGAAGUGGUCCUGCCCACAGAUGGUAAGGCGCCCCCACCUAAGGCAGAUGUUUUGAAGGGAGUGCUGAAGGCCCACCUUUCCAGCCGUGCCUCGACCCAAGGAGGCCGUAGUUCGGCCCCACCUCGCAAGAAUCGAGCUAAUGCGUCGCAUCGUCGAGCAUACAUGGCCGCCCUGCUUCCUGACACACUGGACCAACGAUUGGCCCCCAUCACAGAGGAAGCCGCUCAUCACAGGCAGGGAGGGAUAUGCCAGCAGCAACUGCACUUCAUGCCGACCCUCGAAGAGAGAUGGUCGUUUCUGAUGCACUGGAACCCCGACGCUGCGCCUCUCAUACCUCUUAGGGCCCCAGUUACUAGCAGCGAGCGCAGAUUCACUGCAGCCACUAUCAUGGCCUCGCCUUCGGACUCCUCUAGACUCUACUCCCCCAGCGAAGCGGAGGAGCCUGGCGGUUCGGAUGACGAUGAAGCAUGGUUGGCCCCUACUCCGGAGGACUUUCCUCCCAAUCUAGAACUAAGCCCCCUUCCCAACAGCGCGUGGUCGGAAGAUGAAGCAUGGAGGGAGUCCUCCCCGGAGGCCCCUGCUUCGAUAGCAGCUGGAAAUGGAAGAGCAGAGCCCGGUACGCCGCUAGGCCAGUUACUCCAGCGA